UAAAAAUUUCGAGCGUAUUUACGUUAGCCGAGCUAUUGAACGAACGUAUAGCAGCGUAGUCGUGAUCGUGAAUGCGGUGUGAAGGCAGCGGUAAUCUUAAGGUGUGUAUAAUGUUUCCAUAUAUACCGUUGAGCGCGUUUGUUUUGGACAUUACGUCAACUUCGUCAAUGCUACAUUCCAUCUCUGUAAAUCUGUAUUGAUAGCUAGUGGAAAAUAAACUUUAAUAGGUACUGACGUGUGAUUGCGCCUGUGUUUAUAAUAAAUAGGAAAAAUGCUUAAAACUUGUUUCGAGUGUUUAGUAGGAUCUAACAACAACUAUGCAAAUGAUACGUAUGGGACGAGACUAAAUGGACAUACGCAGACUAUGGACUCAGAAAAAGAAAAUAGUUUUUUAUUACCAAGACCUUUAAAGCCUGAUGAUCAGAUAAAGAUAAAAGGAAAUACGACAGUAAGGAAUGACGACAUACUUUUAAAACUAAUAUCUGAUAAUUCAAAUAUUAUCUACAAAAUGAAGAUUGAUUUUAACAAUGACAGUAUUUCAUAUGCAAAUUCUCACGGGGACUACAUAUCAUCACCAGAAGAUCCAAAACCUUCAGCCAUAUUUUACAGUAAGGGUUCAGAGUUCUCUUUAACAAUUGAUAUGAGAGACAAUGGUAGAGGUAAUAUAGUAAUACAGUUGGGAAUAUUGAAUGAUAUUUUUGAAGAAUUAUGUCUAAAUGCGAAUCAUGAGUUACAAGAAGUAAAAUACAUAACACUAAGUAAUUCCGUCAAUGUUACAGAGUUAUCAUUUAUAUUUUGUAAGUAGUUGUUAAGUUUUUAUGCAUUUACUAAUGAACAUAAAAUAUCUUAUAUGUUCAUAAUCAUGGAUUUUACAUUGAAAUCCAGUGUAGUUCUCAGUAUUAAUGUGAAAAAAGCAGAAAGCUUUUAUUUAUUUUUAUUUAUUUUAUUAUUUUAGUGAUAAAAUGUAAAAUAUUAAUAUAAAA